AUGCAGGACAAGGUGCGGGCCCUCGUGUCGAAGAAGAAGCGGCGCCUCAAAGAGGACGGCUUCGACCUGGACCUCACCUACGUGACCCCGCGCAUCAUCGCCAUGGGCUUUCCCGCGUCGGACUUCGAGGGCGCCUACCGCAACGACAUCGACGACGUGCAGCGCUUCUUCGACGCGAAGCACGGCGGCCACUACAAGUUCUACAACCUCUGCAGCGAGCGGACGUACCCGAGCGACCGCUUCCACGGCCAGUUCGUGCGCUUCCCCUUCGACGACCACAACCCGCCGCCGUUGGGCCUCUUCUACUUCUUCUGCAAGGACGUCGAGGCCUACCUCGCCGCGGACCCCGCCAACGUCGUCGCGAUCCACUGCAAGGCGGGCAAGGGCCGCACGGGCGUCAUGAUCUCCGCGUACCUCAUGUGGUGCGGCGACUGGCCCGACCCGGACGAGGCCAUGAAGUUCUACGGCUUCGCCCGCACGGCGAACCAGAAGGGCGUGACCAUCCCGAGCCAGCGGCGCUUCGUCGACUACUUCUCG